AUGGCUUUUUCAAUUAUGAGGCUUGGAUUUCGAUCGGCCGCGUUGAAUGUGGAGAGAUCUGCGGCUGUCCUUUCCAAUACCAGUGUUCAAAAUCAAAUAAAGUUCAUCCAUACAAAAGUAUCAUGCAACGGCAAAGUUUGCUAUCUCCAGUCUAUGCAAGAACCUCGGGAGCUCGAUGUGUCGGAGGUCGCGAAUGCCCUUAGAAGGAACUACAGCAAACAACACGGAAGACCCGAAGAAAACCGGAGGAAACAGCUAUCCGACAGUGAGAGUGACUCGGAUUCCGAUAAAGGUUACAAAGGAUUCGAUCGAUCAGAAUUCUGGCGGCGGAAAAUGCGUACAGUACACAAUAUACUGGAUGUAGACAAGGACGGGCUGAUCUCAUUCAAUGACUUCCUUCUCUUUUCCGAACGAUUUAAGUCCUUAGGACACUUGGACGACCAACAGGCGAAGGAGUUCACAGAUAUUAUAAAAUUAACAUGGGAAGAACAAUGGGGUGCGAUAGACCCCUACAAUUUCGUUACUGUGGAGCAAUAUCUAGAAGAUAUGCAGCACAUGUUAAACGACAAGACUCUAAAAAAGAAGGCGCAUAAAUGGCUGCCAUAUUUGUUUAAGGCAGUAGACAAGGACAAGACCGGCUACAUAUCGGUGAAGGAGUUCAAGCUGUUCUUCCAGUGCCUCGGCCUCGACAACGAACACGCGGCCGUUGCCUUCGCUGUCAUAGACACUAACGGGGACGGAAAGAUAUCUCUCAAGGAGUUUGUAAAACUCGGAAAGGAUUUCUUCUGUACAGAGGACGAAUCGAGAGUCUCCAAAAUGUUUUGGGGACCGCUUAUUGAUGUA